AUGGUCUCUCUCCAACCACAUCUUACCGCCCUUCUGAAAUCCCUACCGCUGUCGCCGGUCGACCAGACUAAGCUCCACGAACUUGUCACUCGUACCAUCUCCGAGGUCAAAGACAAGUCUACGCCAGACAACCGGAAGAGCCAGUGGGAAUACCUGCUCAAAAAUGACAUCUUCCUGCUAGCGGCCACUGAGGGCACGGCUCUAAAGGAUGAUGAGAGCAAGUACUAUGAUGCAUUACGCGACAAACUCGACCUCGCGCUGGCAUUUACGGAACAAGAUGCAUGUGAACAGACCUUUCCAUUCACCGUUCUUCAGGACCUGCUCGAGACUCAAACCAUAGCUUCGUGCUCUCACAUCUUCUCGUGGAUCGAGGCUCGUGCUGCUAGAUUGACUGAAGGCAUGGUACCACAGAAGGGAAAGGCUCUCAUCCUCCUACGAACAUUGAACGACCUUUUGCGGCGCCUCUCGAAGACAGGGACAACCACGAUAUUCUGCGGUCGGAUUUUGACUUUUCUGAGUGGCGUGUUCCCCCUCGGAGAACGGAGCGGUGUCAACCUUCGUGGAGAGUACGGACCAACUUGGGAGGGUGUGCAGUUCUCGCCGAAGACAAAGAAGGAAAGUGAUAUGGAGAUGAAAGUCGACGAACAUCCUGCCUCAGUGUCGAAAGAAGAACUUUCUGGAGACGACAAGAUGCAGGUGGACACGACGAAAUCUCUUACGCCCCAGGAAAAGAAAGAAGACUUCUAUAACACUUUUUGGUCCCUUCAACUAUACUUCUCCAAGCCACCCAUAUUUGCCAAUAAGGACUCUUUCACGGACUUCAAGGAGGCAGUAAACAAAGUCAUGCCCAUCGUCAAGGAGGCUACCGCGAAGGAACGGGCGAUGAUGGGCAGCAGAGGAGGGGCCAACGCUAAUACCCUGAAGCGCAAACGAGAACCAGACGAGGAGACCAACUCCACCGAGUACUUCUUUGCUAAAUUCCUAACCAGCCCCGACCUCCUUGAUCUUGAGGUCGCCGAUACACAUUUCCGCCGCCAAUUUCUUUUCCAACUGCUGAUUCUUUUAAACCACCUAUCAAACUUCACCAAAGCCGCAAAGGGCGCCUGGACCACAGCACGCAAUCGCUCUCUGCAAAUGGAAUUCACUCUUGAAGAUUCGGAGGCCCAAUGGGUUCAGGAAUCAACAACCAAAGUUGUAGAAGAACUUCGCCAAACCACUCCGAACGGUCGAAUAUUUGCAGACACUGUAUGUGCGAUAUUGGAACGGGAGAAGAAUUGGGUGAAAUGGAAGAAUGAGCUCUGUACACCAUUCGAUAAGGAGCCUUGGUCCGAGGAAGUAGAUGGCCAGAAGGUUGGUCUGGUGGAGUCUACACGGCAUAUCCGAGAAAACUUGCGCCAACCGCCUCCAGAGUGGAAAUGGGCUCUCGGCACUGAAUCAUUGACAGAAAUCUGGGAAAUGGGGUACAGCAGUCUGCGUGAUUUACGGGACCCUAUUCAACCAGGCGAUGUGAAGGAUUUCGUCAAGAAAAUCAAGCAAGAGGACGCCCGGAUCAAUAUGAAGAAGCAGAAACUGGAGAGAAUGGCGAGAGCUAGGACCGCCGCGAGCGCGAAUGCGACUUCUAAUCUCCCCGCGAUUGUCGUCUCAUCAGAGUCUGCCCCAACCAGCAAACCAGAGACACCUGGUCCUCGGCCAGAAGCCAGUACUAGCGGCCUGGCGGCACCGCGGCCCGUGCCAGCUGCAGGAAGCUCACCGCUACAUCCAUCUCUUCCACCAAAGCCUGGGACACCGUCAAAACCCGCAUCUUCAUCGCAAGAACCUCCCAAAAAUGCCACGCCAACACCAAACAUUGUACCUGCUGCCUCCCCAGCACCCGUGUCAACGUCGAUUCCACCACAUGCACCUGUGGAUCCAGAGAUAGCUAAAUAUGAGGAGAAUAAGCAACGAUGGGCAUGGCUCGCCCUCCGCACGGCCCGCGACCAGUAUUUGCAGCACUUCGGGAAGAUCGGUACAGGAGAUGUUGAGGCCUUGGCUCAGGAGAUUGAGAAAGAAAAGGAGAAAAGGCUGAAAGGAGAUGAUGGAACUGGGGCUGCAAUGACCGACGAACAGGGAUCUGGAAGCCCCGCAUCGACGCAAGUUGCAGAAGGGGGCGAGCCCUCGCAGAAGGACGGAGACGGGGACAUAAAGAUGGAAGCAUAA